GGCUUCGGGCAUGGGGUCCCGCGGCCUGGCGCGGCUGCACGGGCUCUUCGCGGUCUACAAGCCCCCGGGGCUAAAAUGGAAGCACGUGCGGGACACCGUGGAGUUGCAGCUUCUGAAGGGUGUCAAUGCUCGGAAGGCUCCUGCCCCUGAACAGCGUGUUCGUUUUCUGCUGGGCCACGUGGGAGACGGUGAAGAGAAGGAGCUUACUCUGACCGCCACCAGUGUGCCCACCCUCACCAACCAUCCGCUAGUCUGCGGACCAGCAUUCACCAGCUUGAAGGUUGGCGUGGGACACCGGCUGGAUGCUCAAGCGUCUGGGGUGCUUGUGCUCGGCGUGGGACAUGGACGCAGGCUCCUCACCAGCAUGUACAAUGCUCACCUCACCAAGGAUUACACAGUACGUGGCCUCCUGGGCAAAGCAACAGAUGACUUCUGUGAGGAUGGGCGGCUGGUGGAAAAGUCAACAUAUGACCAUGUGACCAGAGAGAAGCUGGACCGCAUCCUCGCCCUGAUCCAAGGUUCCCAUCAGAAGGCCCUGGUGAUGUACUCCAACCUGGACUUGCAGACCCAGGAGGCCUAUGAUAUGGCUGUGAGAGGCUUGAUUCGGCCCAUGGGCAAGUCCCCAAUGCUGGUAACAGGCAUCCGAUGCGUCUUCUUUGCGCCGCCGGAAUUCCUCAUAGAGGUACAGUGCAUGCAUGAGACACAGAAGCAGCUGAGAAGGCUGGUGCAUGAAAUCGGCCUGGAGCUGAAGACCACCGCUGUCUGUUCCCAAGUGCGGCGUACGCGGGAUGGCUUUUUCACCCUAGACGAUGCCCUCCUGAGGACCCAGUGGGAUUUACACAGCAUCCAGGAUGCCAUCCAGGCCACAGCUCCCCGGGUGGCAGCAGAGCUGGAGAGGAGCUUGAGGCCAGGGCUGGGCACCCAGCAGCUUCCCGGUCCAGGCCAGCCCUGGGACUCCAGGGGACCAAGCUCUGCCUCGGGGCUGGGGAGCUGUGCAGGGCCUUGAAAGGCCAGGCGGCUGGCGAGACAGUGGAUAGAUAAGAUAAGAAUUGUUC